AUGAGCACUGAAGGCUGGGAUGAGGUUGAUAAACUCUCGCACAAAUUUUCAAACGUAUACUUAGACAGAAAUACUCCAAUUAUUCUUGACAAGAGCAACAAAUAUGACAAGACACUUCGACCAUUAGAGGUAGUCCCUGAAGAAAUUACCGGCCAUCCCAAGCGCCUUAAAGCAGAUGAUCCAUUUUUUCGGCACAUCGAUGAAUUUGCUACUAAAUGGGGUUUGAUUUCUGAAGAGUCAAAAAACAAUAUUAAAUUAGCCUGUGGAUAUCUCGACUUUCCUGUGAUACUUUUGCAAAACCCUUGUGACACCCACGCUCAACAGUAUGAUCAAAUGUUUUCCCCAGGCUCCACUUUGAACUGGGUGAGAAAAAUGUUAGGACAGAUGAACCUGACAAUGGAUGACAUCUGCAUAUGGGAUACGCUUCCGAUGAUCAGCACCCAAUGGCUUGACACCAGGAGCCUCGACGAACAGAAGGAUGCAAUCGAAGAAGCAUUUGCGCUCACGAUAAAAUUUGUCGAAACAUUUCAGCCCAGGACCCUCAUCUCUUGCCAAUGCGCUACUGGCUCCGCAGGACACAAGUUCGGUACCAUUGACCAUUCUUUCGCUCGGUAUAUUUCCUCUAGUCUCAGAAUGGCGCAAGACCGCCUAGUGUCCGGGAUCAAAAUAUCCGAACAUUAUAUCCUCCUUGUUGUGCUCGGAUUUCAUCCUGGUCGACUCAUACGAGAAAGAAUUUCCCAAGAGGACACAACAUUAAGGGAACUAUUUCGAACCAUCUAUGCGCCAUGCUCCGAUUGGAAGGGAAAACAUUGCGCUAUGGUCAAUGCGCAAAAGGAGGUCGAAGCUGCCCUUAGAACCAUGACAGCUACACUGGAAGCAUAUCGAAACACUAUACAGCCCUUGCGUGACUGUUGCCAACCUUCCAGAAGCGGUCGUUUGCUAAUAAUGAAAGUUCAAAAUAUAUUGAACCAAUUAGAUAUUCAUUAA